AACAUUUGAUUCUUCUUCGAUUGUGUUUGGAUUUAGUUUCGACAAGUGCCCAUACAACAAUAAUGGAGCUCUUCAAGGUGCUUCAUUUGCUGACAAUUUUAGUUUCAUUGUGUCAAGGUGAAACUAAACUUCCUGUAACAAUAGCAAGGACGGAGCUUAAAGUUUCGAGAAGUCUCGAUCCAGAUUCUAUGCAGACUCUUCAAGUAGUCACGAGAGAUGGAGGCAUUGCACAUCUGAUUGUGAAGAAGCGCGACAACAAACCAACGAGUCGUUCGUACAAUAAUUGGAUUCCGAUUAAUUCGAUGGUUUGGAGCUCGGAGAGUACCACCAAACCGGCAGAAACUAGAGUGAAGAAAGCAUCAAACAUUAUAGAUAGUGAUAUAAUCCCGUAUGUUCCACGACCUGUGACUAUCCAGAGCGGAGACGUUUACGUGAAGAACGCAAGGGAUGUGAAGAAAGGAAGAUCCGUGGAGAUUGGUAAAGAUGGUAUCCCGGUGAUUCACGGUGUCCGAGUCCCGGAUGAUGAAAACGACAAGCAUGAAACCUGGAGGAAUGCUAGGGUUAUCAACGGAAAGUUGUAUCCAUACGAAGAGGGAUACAAACCACCAGCGGCUGUACCUUUAGGAGAAUUGAUUUACGCAACUAAAGAGAAACACGCCGAAGAUGAUGAAGGCGUUGGACCGUUCACCAAAGAGGAUAAUUUCAAGCCGCAGACUACUAAUGAACCGGUCGGACCGUUCAGUGUCAAAGAUAACUUGGAUGAACCAACUAAGCCCGUCAAUUACAUCAACUUCAACGGCGCCAAAUACGGAGGACCGUUCACCAGGGAAGACAAUUUAAGGUCGACCAACGCGAAAUUAAUUGACUACAUCAAGGAGAUUAACAAUAAAGAGGCGAAGCGCGAUUACUUUUCGAACAGGAAAUAUCGUGCCGUCGAAACGCCCCAAUUGCAGAGGAGAAUGUUACAGUACCAAGGUCACAACUAUUAUCCCAAUUCUCAGUUGUACACACCGACAACUAAAUUGAGUCCUGUGAACUUUAAUGAGGGUGUCAGGACGCCGGUUCUUCAGUACGCUCAUCCCGAGCUCGGUGUGCAACCGGCGAAGAUCCAACAAGAAGAUGAAUACAGCUACGAUAAGCAAAAUCAAAGAAAUGGAGCAAGGCAGAGCCAGUACACUCCGAACAGCGUAGAAUACUAUAAGAAAGAUGUUCUGAAUUACCCUUAUAAUUCUUAUUAUAUCAAGCCUAAGCAGCCGGAACAACCGUUCUGGUUCAAAAUAACCGAGAGCAUCAAAGAUAAUGUGCAGAACGGUUUGGAGAGAAUGCAGCAGUUGACAAGACCCGUUUUUGAGCCAAUCGUAGAAGCUACACAUAAGAUUUCUUAUAAUUUGGGAUUUAGCCAUCAGCAACCUGCACAGAAGAAGGUCGGAAUUCUAGCGCCGAUCGGUUCGAACGCAAUUCUUCCGGCUUUAGGAUUGGUAGCAGGCGGUGCUGCCUUGGGCUUAGGAGCGGCAGCUGUUGGACGGUUCUUGGAGCCCAGCGAAAUGCGCGCCUUCAACGAGGAACCUCAAUACAACAACAAAAUCCUCGUCUUGUUGGAGUCGAUCAACGAUGAAAACAACAACAACAACAAAAAGGAGAGGAGGAGAUUUGCUCGGGACUUGAACAGCGUUUCCGAUGAGUCAUUCUGCACCCAGAGGCAAGUUUGCCAAGACAUCGUGAAUGAACCAAAUGAAUCCGUCAGAGAAUACAUGGUGAUGAGACUGCGGGUCUGGCUCGAGGAUUGGUCACACCUGAGAAAUCCGGACACAGACAUGGACAAGUCCUUCAAACCAAUGGAACACCUAUUGGAUGCCAUCCGUAAGGGCGACUGCUCCCAAGUCAGCUGCAAACGAUUCAAAACGCAACAAACCUUUAAACCAAAAAGUUACUAA